CUUAUAUUUCUAAUGAUUAUAAUUAUUUCUCGUAUUCGAAUGUUCUUUUUUCAAUAGGCAAUCAAAGCCUCGGUGGACGGGGGUAUAAGUAGCCCAAUUCUGAAUCUGCUGAAAUUGUUAGUUGCUCAAUACCAAAUUUGGGCUGCUUCAUCGGCUGAAUACGGAGUAUAUAUUUUUAUUUGCCCCUUAAAAUUAUGAAAAUUACGGAGUACAAAAUUUCCUCGAUUUAUUCCGCUUUUCUUCUCCCUCAGGUUUCCCCUCCCAUAAGAUAUCUGUUUGUUAUCAUCUCAGAUCAGUAGUCAGUCCUAAUAGAUUUCCUCCGGUUAGUCUCCGACAGCUAUACGUCUUACCAUUUAUGUUUCAGCGAUAAUUUUUUGAUAGAAGAUCUCCCUUUUUGAUUGAUCCAUAUAUUAGGGCUUCGUUUGAUAGGAAUUGCAAUGACAAAAGAUGAUGUUCCAGCCAAAGGUGGUUUCAGCUUCGACUUGUGCAUAAGGAAUGAAAUGCUGGUCAAGAAAGGGGCUCAGCCUCCGUCUUUUCUGAAGACGGGAACUACAAUAGUAGGCUUGGUUUUCGAGAAUGGUGUCAUUCUUGGAGCAGACACACGAGCCACUGAGGGACCCAUAGUAGCCGAUAAGAACUGUGAGAAAAUUCACUACAUGGCUCCUAACAUUUAUUGUUGUGGAGCAGGGACUGCUGCAGACACGGAAGCUGUGACAGACAUGGUCAGCUCCCAGCUGAAGCUUCACAGAUAUCACACUGGGCGUGAAUCCAGAGUUGUCACGGCACUUACAUUGUUGAAGUCUCAUCUUUUCAAACACCAAGGACAUGUUUCGGCUGCUUUGGUUCUUGGCGGAGUUGAUGUUACAGGACCGCAUUUGCAUACAAUUUAUCCACAUGGCUCAACUGACACACUGCCAUUUGCUACAAUGGGAUCUGGUUCCCUUGCAGCAAUGUCGGUUUUCGAGUCAAGAUACCGAGAAGGUUUAAAUAGGGAUGAAGGAAUCCAACUGGUGACAGAUGCCAUACUGGCUGGAAUUUUCAAUGAUCUAGGUAGUGGAAGCAAUGUUGAUGUUUGUGUAAUCACCAAGGGGCACGUGGAAUACAUUAGAAACCACAAGUUGCCGAAUCCCCGAACAUACCCACAGAAGGGUUAUGCGUUCCCUAAAAAGACCGAGGUUCUUUUUACAAAAGUUACACCCUUGAUUGACACUGUGGAAGUUGCUGUUGAAGAUGCUAUGGAAGAAUGAAGCCAAUAUUGGUUCCUUCUAAACUGAACCUCUGGUGUUUGUCAAAGACAUUUACAGGAGAUGCACAUAUGUGCUCUUCUAGUUGUGUAUGAACUUUCUAUGAGAUGUUGUGGGUUUAAAAAAUUAACCAUCCAUAUAUGUUUGCGAAUAUAAAAAAGCGGGGUGUUUGCAUUUAAAUGAUUUGGUGGAAGUUUUGCUGCUCUUUUGAUAUCAAUGAUUUGGUAACAGUGUCACUAACGAAGCAUUUGCAGGAGUUGGUAUAUUGGUAAUAAAAACUGUCCGAAUGUAGGGAAUUUUUUCUUAGUUCAGUUCUAGCAGCCUCGCGGGUGACUAAUGCAGGAAACAUAAUGACCAUGUUCUUUAUAUGCAAAUUGGAAAAUAUAAAGCUCCUGAAUUCCUUGCUGUUUUUUAUUGUUAAUUUGUUUACAUUCUCUUAAAAUAAUGACUUUAUAUCCUUUCAGUGUUGUUUCAACCGGCCAUUUUUAUCAAACUUUGGAGCUUUCACUUUUUUCAAUCGACUAAAUUAUGCCCAGAAGGUUAGAA